AUGGAGCGGUGCGGGGCGGCGGCGGGCGGCGAUGUCCGCAUGUGCCAGACCGUCUUCCCGGCUCACGCCAACCACCGCGGGGAGCUGAGCGCCGGGCAGCUCCUCAAGUGGAUGGACGCCACCGCCUGCCUGGCAGCUGAGAAACACGCUGCUGUGUCUUGUGUGACAGCGUCUAUGGAUGACAUACAGUUCGAAGAGGCUGCCAGGGUUGGACAAGUUAUUACCAUCAAAGCAAAGGUGAACAGAGCAUUCAAAACCAGCAUGGAGGUUGGCAUCAAGGUUACAGUACAGGAUGUUUUGACAAAUGUUGAAAAAAUUGUGAGUGUGGCGCAUGCAACAUAUGUAGCCAAACCAGUUGGUGCUAAAAAGAUUGAAUUAGAACCUGUACAGCUUCUGUCUACAGAAGACCAUGUGGAGCACACCCUGGCUACUGAGAGAAGAAGAAUCCGACUGGGCUAUGAACAGGUCUUUCAGAACCUAAUGCAGGAGAGUAAUAAGGAAGGUGAUUACUGUGAUACUUUCAAAGAGGAAGAUGCAGUUUCAACUGACCUUACUCACGUGCAGAGUAUUGAGCUUGUCCAGCCUCCUCAUGCAAACCAUCAUGGAAACACUUUUGGUGGCCAGAUCAUGGCUUGGAUGGAGACAGUGGCAAGUAUUUCAGCAAGCCGCCUUUGUCGUUCAUAUCCCAUCUUGAAAUCAGUCAAUAUGUUUAACUUCUGGGGACCGUCCGUCGUGGGUGACCGCCUUGUCUUCAAUGCAAUUGUGAACAACACAUUUCAGAAUAGUGUAGAGGUUGGUGUCCGCGUUGAGGCUUAUAACUGUGAAGAAUGGAUCAAGGACCAAGCACGGCAUAUUAACAGUGCGUUUCUCAUUUUUAAUGCUGUGAAUGACAAAGGAGAACUGCUCAUCUUCCCUGGAGUUAAACCUACUACAAAGGACAGUGUGAGGCGGUACCAUGGAGCCAUUGCCCGAAGGAGAAUUCGACUAGCCAGAAAGUGUAUGCUCUCUGCUAAAGAAGACAAACCAUCUGACCCCUGGGAGACAAGCAACCAGGCAUAUGUGAGUUACAGCAAUGUAGCCACACUGACACACCUGGCAGCAAAACGAGGAUGGGAAAUAACCAGUAUGCUAGAGCAUAUAAAAAUAUGGACUCAUGAGGAGGGUGAUGUCUUGUCACUCAAAGUAGAAAUGCAAGUGAAGAUACCAUCACAUGUAGCUUUCUCCCUUUUGUCUGACUUCACACGCCGUCAACAAUGGGACAAACAUUUCUUAACUUGUGAGGUCCUACAGGCUGUGAACGAAGAUGAGAAGAUAUAUUAUGUUACGUCUCCACCCAUGACUGGCCAUAAACCCCGGGACUUCGUGAUUCUUGUGUCUCAAAGGCAACCUUGUAAGCCCAGUGAACCCUAUGUAGUAGCUGUAAAGUCAGUUACCCUCACGUCUAAGCCGCCUUCUCCAGAAUACUGCAGAAGUGAAAUCCUUUGUGCAGGAUUCCAGAUCUACAGUGACAGCGACAGCUCCUGUAUGGUGUGUUACUUCAAUCAAAUGACAUCAGGUGUUAUGCCCUACUUAGCUGCAAAUCUUACUGGUUCAUCAAACUCCAUUGAAGACACUGCUUUGGAGUGUAUAAAGUUCUUGAAGCAGAAAGGCAGCAAGUGCUGAAGUUAAAAGCAAAUUUCCAGACAGUGCUAAAGAUUAUCAAGCAAUACCGGUUAAAAUUCUUGCAUGUGUGUUGAUCAUCCUUCUACAUCUUAAUUACUUUGGGUCAUGCAGCUGAUCCUGGGCUUGAACCAGAGGAUAUCUAGCAUGAGGAUUUUGUAUGAAAUUAAAAUUAGGCCUUAUGCUCUAAAUUCUCUUUUAAUCUAAAAGAGAUUAAGGCACAGAGUCUGCACUUGAAUGCAUUAAUGAAUUUUGAUUGACCCAACAGAACUUAGAACUGCAGUUUAUAAGACCAUUUCAUUUUCAUUAUUAUACUGUUGUAUUGAACCUAGUGGCACUCAGUCAGUUUUAAAUCAGUAAACUCUAAUCUGUCUAAUUUGCAGAGAACUGGUACUACUAAGUACCUUAUCCAGUGCUCUGGCCUCUUUGUCUAGGUUCUUGCACAUGCAUUGUAUGUAAAUCUAUUAUACCCUAAAUGAAGUUAGUGUUUGCUAAUGUUUGUGUGUCAAUGCUUGUAGCUUAUCUGUGAUUUUCAGUAAAUUAUUGCUUUUCAGGUUACACGUCGAUCAUAAUUUUUAUUACACUAUCUCUGGAAGGGCUUCAGACCUGAUUCCAGACAGACUGGUUUGUGGUGAUGGUAGGGGGCUGUUGGUCUCCUACACAAGUGCUGUGACCCCCAGUUCUACACCAGACUGUUCUGCUGGCAGCAAAUUCAUGUAGAGCAGGAAGAGUCUUGAAUACCUUCCCUCAUACAUAAAAAGGGAGAAGUUUCAGAGGUUUUAUUGUGGUGUGUCUGUUGUUUUCUGUUGGUUUUUUUCCCUCUCAAAAGGCCCUUGUUCAAAAAGCAUGUAAGAUCACCUGCAGUUAAAUCGUAACAUGAAUGGAAGGGUGGGUUAAGAGGAUCAAAGCAUGUGAACUGUAGCUGUGCCAUUCCUCUCUCUGAAGUCUCGUAAUUGGUAGAAUGAGAGCUCUAAGCAUCUCAUCCAGGUCCCACUUAAGUAAAUCACAUCUUCAGUUUAACCUAUAACCAAAUCAAAGCUUUUUUUGGUGAUCUGUGGGUUACAAUAUACCUGCAAAUUGUGCAUGACAUCGACCACAUGCACCACAGGAGGCACCUGCUCUUGCCCUGGAAGCCCUUAUGUGUAUUAGCAGUCAGCUGGCCUCUCGUUGGGGCAUUUCACAUGGGUACAGCAUUGCACUGAAACAAUGAGCGAGCGAAAUUAGGACGUCUUCUGUAUCUUGUGAUGCCAGCCACUAUACACCCUACAACACAGAGAAAUGUUUGCACUAGUAAUAGAAAAAUCAAACUGGGGCAUGAUCUUUGGCU